AUGGAAAGGGAGAACAGCACAGUGGUGAAAGAAUUCAUUCUCCUUGGUCUCGCCCAGUCUCAAGAUGCUCAACUCCUGGUCUUUGCACUAGUAUUAAUUUUCUACCUCAUCAUCCUCCCUGGAAAUUUCCUCAUCAUCCUCACCAUCAGGUCAGACCCUGGCCUCACGGCCCCUCUCUACUUCUUUCUGGGCAACUUAGCCUUCCUGGAUGCAUCCUACUCCUUCAUUGUGGCUCCCAGGAUGCUGGUGGACUUCCUCUCCAAGAAGAAGGUCAUCUCCUAUAGAGGCUGCAUCACUCAGCUCUUUUUCUUGCACUUCCUUGGAGCAGGGGAGAUGUUCCUUCUAGUUGUGAUGGCCUUUGACCGCUAUGUUGCCAUCUGCCGUCCUUUACACUACUCAACUGUCAUGAACCCGAGAGCCUGCCAUGUCUUGCUGUUGGUUUUGUGGCUUGGGGGCUUUACUCAUUCCAUUGUACAAGUGGCCCUUAUUCUCCACUUGCCCUUCUGUGGCCCAAACCAGUUGGACAACUUCUUCUGUGAUGUGCCACAGGUCAUCAAGCUGGCCUGCACUGACACCUUUGUGGUGGAGCUCCUGAUGGUCUCCAACAGUGGCCUGCUCACCCUCUUGUGCUUUCUGGGGCUUCUGGCCUCCUAUGCAGUCAUCCUCUGCCAUGUCAAGGGGCACUCUUCAGACGGGAAGAGCAAGGCUCUUUCCACAUGUACCACACACAUUAUCAUUGUGUUUCUCAUGUUUGGACCUGCCAUCUUCAUCUACACUCGCCCCUUUAAUGCCUUCCCAGCUGACAAAGUAGUUUCUCUUUUUCACACUGUAAUCUUUCCUUUGAUGAACCCUGUGAUUUAUACCCUUCGCAACCAGGAAGUGAAAGCCUCCAUGAGGAAACUAUUGAGUCGGCACAUGCUUUGCUAAAUGCAACUGAAAAGUGAGAAAAGCCAGAAAGGAGAAAGUUCAUUUGGA